AUGCUCGCCCAGUUGCUUGAUCUACUUUUACCAUUUGGACGCCACAACCCUGGCAUACAUAAAUGGGCAAUGUCCACAGUAGUGCCGUAUGUACGAAAAGGUCUACAAUUUCGCGCCGGAACAUCACCUGCAUAUUCUUUAAUCGAGUUCGAGAAAUUGCCUGAUCACCAGGCCGUUGACUUCCUGUUGUGCCCAGCUGAUUCUCGCGCUCAACCAAGAGAAAAUAUUGAUCGUGACCUGAGGAGUAUUAUAGGGCCAUGGGUCUAUGAUACAGAUCGAUGGGAUAGUUCCUCAGAGGAUGGCGAGUCAAAGGUUUUCUGUCCCGGUUGGCACCAAGUUUGCGAGUGGUUGCUAUCUCAGGCCACCCUCUCAUGGCCAACUGCUGUUCAGGCCAUCGAACGUUGGAGUGGUCCAGAGGAUGUGGAAUUCGUUCACGGAAUAGCACUCGACCUCCCAGCUGCGCACAAGUAUUAUCUUAAGCAGACAUACGCUACAACCGUCUUGGCUUGUGUAUAUACUGUGCAGGACACUACCUUGGAGUCCUUAAGAAGGAUUCACUCCAUACUGAUGAAUCUUAGAGUAUAUCUUGGCCUCGACGGUGGCGCGAUGUCCCUUGAGCAAACAAUGAAAGCCCUACCUGACUUGUCUUUCACAGAUAUGUCAAUGUUUCACAAUGAUCGAGUCGCGACUUAUAUGAGGAAUGAUUUAUUGGGACGGAACAACCCACUUACUAGACCAAGUGAAGAUGCCACAAAUCUUUCACUCGCUCUCACUCGAAGUGCUUACAUCUUGACCCUUUUUGGUUCCCCCUCUUCACUGAGGCGCGUUGGAGACCUCAUAUUUCUCCAUGACGAACGGGAUCAAAAGUCUGAAAUUUCGAAACUUCUGAGGACCAUUGCAGCCCAAGCAUCCAAAGAAAAUGACGACUUUCUACUAAAGGCACGAGAAUUCCUGCUUUGGCUACGGGACUGGGGCAAUGGCACUGCUGGCAAACCUAAUGCUGGAGCGGCAACAGCUGGUGCUCUUGGCAUGUUAAGCUAUAGCCUUGCGCGCAAUUUGUACGAUGAUGGAGGGCCUGUACGUCUUCCAGUCGAGGUUGUACAGGAUUCAGUUUACGACUCGGCUUUGAGUGCUUUCGACAAUGCCACGAACCCGAAUAGGUCCCGAGGAGGGUUGAAAAGAUGCGAUGAAAUCAUUCAUGCCUUACCCAAAACCGUGGGCCUGUCGCUGCCAGGGACAAGGCGGAUAAUGGCGCUCUUGAAAGCCACUCACGCAUUGAGUGACUAUCGCUUGGUUCUUAAGCAAGGGGAACCCUUCAGUCCUGUAGUUCUCAGGGUACACUCCGAUCCGAUAUUCAUUAUCGAAAAGGUCUUGGAACAGAAUCCUCGAGCCUAUACGCGCCUCCAGGAGUUCCUGGAAAUGGGCAUGAACAUGGUUAGAGCAGGUUUACUGUCCUAUCGCAAGCUAGAUCCUUCUACAAUAUUGACAACUGAUUCGGAACUAAAUCUCGCUGUCGAUAUUGCAGAACGACGCAUAACAGCAAUGUGUAUUGAAGCUGCUUUGAAGGAAGAUGACUUUGAAACCGCAUACUCCUAUGUUGCCAGUCGUCUAAGCAUGCAAAGUCCCGAAGACUCUGAUGCUUCGCCCUGGCCAGUCGUGGAUGAAUGGUCUUGGAAGGCUGCGCUGCAGGCUGGUCAAUAUAUUCGAACAGAGCGUUCACAACAACCAACUCAUUUAGGUACGGCAAGCGGCAAUCUUGAGAUACGACACCUUGAGCAGCGUAUUGAGUGCCUCGCCACCGCGCUGCGAGUGGCGCCAACGAGUCAGCUUCAGGAAAUCCUCAAGAGCUUUCGGCGCUGUGAAGAGCAACUUGAUUCGGCAAUUAAAGAGGAAGCGGCCAACGAGUUGGCCUGGGGUGAAGAAGCCAGGGUUGACAACCUUCCAGGAGCUUUCGAUCAAGUUAAUGUUGAGCAGCAGUAUCCUGUUAGGAAUAUGACUGCUAGUGCAGCAGCUCAACAGACAGAGGAAGCGCCGAUGUCUCUAUUUGACCUGUCUAGAGCAACUGCUCGCGCCGCUCAGCGCAAUUUCACUGCUAUUCCAAGCCUACAAAGCAUCAGAAGGGGCGUUGAUGCCAACAACAAUGAGCAUGAAGGAGAGUCACUCUCACGAAUCCGUAAACGAGAUCAGCUUCGUGAAGCUGCGACUGGGACGCUGGUGUCUGGGGUUGGGUGGUUAAUCGGAGCCAAUGUCGGCCAAAAUAAGAAAGAAACUGGCUGA